GCGUUACUAAUAAGUUUGAAACGCCUUCAAAAUAGAAAGUAUGUAGCAUAACUUAUGUAAAAUGACAAUUGUUGCAUAGUAUAUUGAAGGCGAAUUGGAAGCACAGGAAACACAUUUGAAAUACUGUAUUUAAAUUUUGAGUUCUCCGUAACGUCAAGAAAAUUUCAUUUCAUCAAUGAUUUAUUCUCUAUCUGUGCUGCCCUUUGAGCUGUCUAAUUAUCAUUUCAAUUGUGAAAGUCUAGUAAGCAGCAAAUAUUCAUUUUAAAUCGUUUAAAUGUGACAUCCUUGCAAUGUUUAUUUUUUGCAAUGAGAUAACCUACAAAUAAGGGGACUCUCUUCUUGUCUGUCUUGGUAGUCAAUAGUCAAUUAGUAGUUAGUUCUCAGCAAAUUAUUAUUUAUGUUAUUUAAUUUAGUGUGACAUUUUUUGAUGGAUGUCAGUGUUUUUGAGUACCUUUACGGAAAGGAUAUUUCACACGAUGGUAUCAGUAGUUUUGACGGGUACUCCUGGAAACACUCCCUUUGGACUUUGUAUAACAGCUUCUUCAGUUACCUAGAGGAAAGAUUAGUUAUUCUCAUAUCUGGUGUACUAAGUUAUUUUGUAACAAGCUUCUUAGCAUACUACUUAAUUGUAUUCUUCUUAAAAUCAAAUCGUGGAUUCAUUCAUCACAUUCGAAGCUGUCGUAGAGUUUUACUUAUCACUGCUCACCCUGAUGACGAAUGUAUGUUUUUUGGACCUGUCAUUCUCCAGCUAAUCAAGGAAUCGUGCAAUGUUUACCUGUUGUGUCUAUCUCAAGGCAAUUAUGAUGGCAAAGGUGCACUGCGUAAAGAUGAGCUGUGGAAAAGUUGUAACAUCCUUGGUAUUCCAGAAAGUAAUAUCUUCCUUUGCAGGAACUCACAGUUAUCUGAUGAUCCUAAGAUGAGGUGGAAGAAGUCAGUCCUGUCUCCGAUUAUAUUAUCUCAUAUUGAGAUUUUCCAAUGUGAUACUGUCGUUACGUUCGACCAAUCUGGUGUAAGUGGGCACAUAAACCAUCGAGCCAUAUUUUUCUCCAUGUGUGAUAUCAUUGACUCCAAUAAACUUCCAUCAUAUUGUAAAGUUUACUUUUUAGAAACUGUGAAUCUAUUACGAAAGUAUUCAUCAUUUGCAGAUACUUUGCUUAGUUUUAUUCUGUCCUCCUGUUGGUACUCUGUCAAUUUUCAAGAAUCUCAACGGUUAAAGGAAGCAAUGAAAGCUCAUAAAUCACAGUUUGUCUGGUUUAGGAAGCUGUACCUUCUAUUUUCUAGGUAUGUUUUUAUUAACACUCUUCGCGCAUCGGACAGUCUUGACUUAUGUUUUGAUUUUGAAGAUUGAUCUGAAGUCUGAUGUUUGACAAGGAUGGAUUUGAAUACCUUGAGAUUGAUUUAUAGUUACCUAAUGAUAAAGAAAUCUGAAAAGAACAUUUUCGCAUUUGACUCUGCACUAGCAUGUGAUUCAAACCUUGUGCUAAGGCUUUUUUUUGACGGGUCAUGGUAGAGCGUCUAAUGAGCUGUGUAAGCUCAAUUGAGAAUUAGCUUUUAAGCUAACGGGUCCUCAACUUAUCUGUUGUGUUCUUCUUUAAUUACCUUAAUGUGCAAUGAGCUUCAUUUAUAUUCAACUUAAACUCUAAAUUCAUGAGACUGCCUCUUGAUCAAGUUGUUCACUUACUUUAGACUUAUAUCUUUCUGUGGUUGUUUUUUUUUUCUCCUUUUUUUUCUUUCUCUCUUUUUUUCACAAGCCAUGUAAGAAUUAGUUAACAUUAGCAUUUCAAAAUAUGAUUCUCAUCUCAAAAUAAGAAUUUAUGCCGAUGGAAAUUGGGUUUGAAGUUAAACCCCUCCAUGCUCUUGAAGCUACAGUCCCCUUAAAAGUUUUCAUUUUUUUUUUUUUUUUCAUCUGGGAAAAUAUUUGAAUCGUAUGUAUACUACUUACAUAACUUUACUCCCAGAAUUCCAGUCCAUUCAUGCAAAGCAUAGAAUCAAGAUAUUACAUUUCAUGUUGCAUGAAAGUGAUAAGAGAGAUUAUGGAAUCUAGUCAGCAAAGUGCAUAUAUGUGAUAAAGUCGGCCAGAACAAAAAUAGAUUUUGAUUGUUUCAGUGCCUCAGAAUUGGCAUUCUCUACUCUUGCUUUGCACGAUUGAUAACUAAAGUUAGUGCUCUAACAAUUCUCCAACAAUUUCUCAGGCAUAGAUGUUUACCGACUUUAACUCUUCAGAUCAGUAUCACUUUGUAACUAACCAAUUGAAGACAUGAAUGCAGCACUUUUGAAUAAUUCAUUCAAUAACAGCUAUACAAGUAGACCCAUCCUUGUAAGACACUAUUCAAUAUUUCUCAGAAGCAUCCACAUCAUAUCUAUGAGUAAUGUCUCAUUACUUUUAGAAUAUUUCCUGUGUCACACUUCAAACCUGAAAGAGAUGAUUUCUGAAAUAUGUUUCUCCUCAUCAUUCUGUAGACUAAUUACCUGGCAAUUUUUGUUGUAUGCCCAAGAUAAAAGAAUGAAGGAUAAACAAUUUGUCUGGUUUUUAGAGAUAUUUGUUCAACUUCUCUCUUAAAUUUUUGAUGGAAUACCUAAUCUGAUGAAGAUCCCUUAAUUUUCUUUUUGGCUUCAGAUACCAAAGCUAUACAAUACUUUUUAUUCCAUGCUUUUACUAUCUGCAGUUGCAAAAUUUGAUAACCUUAUUAUUCUAAAAUCUCGUAUCUCUUAUUAGAUUUAAUGAAAUGAAGCUUCUUCAUAUUAAAGAGACACUAUUUUUUCCAUCAACAUUAACAUUCAUAAACUAUGCUAUUGUUUUACGUAAUUUAAGCACUCAACAUAUAUCCAAUACAUAUUCUACUCGUGAACUACAUACUAUUUUAAUUACUUACAACUUAAAACUGUCUUGUUAUAUUUAUCUCUCUCUUGGAAAAUCAAUUCAAUUUUUUAAUUCGAUGAUCUUCCUCUCUGGGAGGAAUCAUCCAUAAAUACUAAUCAUAAGUCAUUUGUCGCAACAAUUUUUUUUAUUUGGAGGAAAAAUUUUAUUUUUGUGAGAGUCAUGAUUUUAAUUGAUCUGUCAGGGGUAUUUUGGGCAAGGCUCCCAUUGAAAUUAAUACUCAGCUCUCAGUAACGUGAAUCCUGGCAAUUGUGACUUCAAGUUGAUACGAGAGUGACCAUUUGAAAAUUGCAAAUUUUUUUCUGUCUUUACUCAGUAAGCAGCCGUGAAAUGAUACUUGUUGAUCAUCAUAUCUUUUUUCCUAAUUUGACCAGCCACCUCUUUUUUUCGCUUUUUCGACCAUUUUAUGAUGCAAAACUAAACACUCACGAACUCUUUGAGACUGAUUUUGCUCUUUGUUUGUAGUUAUUAGGUCCAAUUUUUAUAAACCAGUAAGAUGUUUUUAUCAUCAAGUUCUUUACCUGUCUGAUAUUUGUUUGAAGUUUAACUGACAACUAAAACUCGAUUUGAGUCUCAAUCCUACAUUUCAAGAUUGAAUGUAAUAGAACAAUUUUUAGUUUUAUCAAAACUAGCAGAAAGAAACGGUAACAAAUUUGAAAUUAUAAUUUAUCCCAGUAAAAAGACAGAACUUUUUCUCCUUCUCUCUUUUUUUAGUGUGCUUAUAGGUUAUUUUAAUUCAAUAGUAUGCCAAAACUAGCCUUUUGUUUUCUUAAUAAGUUGCACAACCCCUAUACCAUAUAGAGUUAAUAUAUUUGAUGUGUUUUCCUCUUUUAUUUUUUAGUCUAAAACCUUAAAAUAAAAGGCAACCUAAAAUUUAGGUUGAGAGUAUGUUAGAAGGAUUUUAAUGUGUGUUACUUAUAAGUUUUCAUUUUUAGUCAAGGAUUAGAUUCUCGUUUCCUUUUCCUUCAUUCACUCGAUUUUCCUCUUUAUGUUUGUCUUCAUGCCCUUUCAUUGAAACGCAGACAUACAGACCUCGGCAUGUGUUUUGUGUUCUGUCAGAAGGUGUCCCAUUUUUUCUAAUAGAUCCAUACAGUAAUAAGUAAAUUUUCAUUUUGAGAGUAAUCUCUCAUACUUUCGUCAUUGUUAAUUUCUAAAAAUGCUCUGACCCUAGUAAUGGUGGAUACCACAUAGAAUAGAAAGAGAAGUUUGAAAAACUCAUGAAUUAAGUGAUCAUGUCAGAGAAUUGAUAGAGAUGAAGAAGUCAUGUUCUCCUCAAGAGAAAUAUUCUGAUAGAAGUCUUUGAGUGAAAUUUUAAUUUACCAGUUACCAACCAGAUUUGACAUGAUUCUGAAACCUAUUAUUGCACUGAAUGUUUUAAGCAAAAUAUUGAUAGUAUAAAAUGGUAAAAAUCAAAAUCGAAUUAAAAAUGCACUUAAUUUAUUGAAGAUCUAAUGAAAACUAUGCUAAGCAAUCUGUUCGUAGAGCUGGUGAGGUCUUUAAUUCUGUAAGAUAUUUCGUGUCUAUGCUGCCAGUAACUGGUGUUUGACUGAUGAACAAAUACUGCCCCUGAAAGAAGCAUAGUUCUUGAAUUUCUGUUUAUUAAUAAAAAAAAAAAAAAACGUACUUUUUUAAAAACAAAUUUACAGCUGAAUGAUAAAUUUCUUAAAAUACUUGAAAGUCACCCCAAGUUCUUAGAGAUGACGUUAUUCUGGGUUUAAGAAAGAGGAAAUUUGCAAUUGAGGUACUUGCUUCCAGGCUUUCUACAUUUGAAAAAUGGAACUGUUAUAUUUCUCUGCAACAGUAUCUUAGGAUUUUUACAAUUGUAGUUUUCUCUCAUCUUUUUCUUUCUUUUUCUAUGUCUUUUCAAUUUUUAUCAGAGAAGGAAAUGGCCUAAGAUGUCAAAGCGCCUCUUAAAAAUAAAUACUCUAUCACUACUACUUUAUAUCUUUCUUGAGAGAAUUGCUGUAUUAUACUCUUCCAAAUCUUUGUUGAAGAUUCAAUGAAAUUAUGAGGAAUAUUCAUGUAAGUUCCUCCCUGCCAUUUAGCAUUUGUUUCCCUGGGAAGGAAUAAACUUUUAUUCUGAAACAUAAUUGAAAGUGGAGAAAAGUAUCAUUUCUACAUUUCGACCUUCUAUCAUUACUAGGGUAGCGCACUAAAAUUUUUCAAGACUUCUCUUUUCAUAUUCCCCAAUUGUUUAUCGACAAUACAUGUUUUUAAUCCUUUUCAACAGCUGAAAUUUUCAAUGUACAUAACAAUUAUGAACUUAAGAUGAAGUAUCCUGAGAAAGCUUAACUCUAUUUUUAUACUCUCAAAAAUUUACUUUUUGAUUCUCUUUAUGACACCCAACACUUUCUUGCUCUAUUUACGUCUGUUAAUUGUUCAGAGAUUUUAAUGACCGAACUGAUGUACCUACAAUAAAUGUUUUUUGUUCCUCAACUAA